AUGCUUCCUAAAACAACUAAUGAUAAAGCUCCCAAAUCAAAGCUUAGUUCUUGUUUCAUCGCCGUCUUGUUUGUACUAGUAGGGAAGAGUGAGCGAGUUUAUUGGGAAGCAAGGAUGCAGUGGAGCAGAGGGGAAAAGCUGGGAAGUGGUGCUUCCGGGACGGUGUACGUGGCCUAUGUCCUGCAAGAUCAAUGUACCAUCAAGAACGGCCUUCCUUCUAAUGUCAUGGCCGUCAAAUCUGCGGAAGUUGAGAGGGCCGGCUUGCUUUUGAAGGAGAAAAAACUGCUGGCUCGCUUCCAAUCUUGUGGUAGUUUGGCCGAUCAGGUUGAGAGUUUGGGUAGAGGGUUGUCCGAGGAUGAAGUCCGAAAGCACACUCAGUCUAUUUUGAAGGAAGAUGCCAAGAUCGCCGAUCUUGGGUCAACAAAGAAGGAUGGAAACACACUGAAGCAGAAGCAAGGCAAGCCGAGCCUUAGGGGUACGCCUAUGUACACGGCAGUGGAGUCCAUCCUCCAGCAGGACUAUCAGCCCGAGACAGAUAUUUGGGCCCUUGGCUAUACCGUUUUGCAGCUCAUCACCAAGAAGGAGCCCUGGAAGCGUGAGCCAGGUAUGGCAUCUGCGGCUUUGAUAUUUAGGAUUGCCUUCACCGACAAAGUUCCACAAAUUCCUUGCGACGACUUGAUGUCUUCUAAAGCCGAAGAUUUUCUAAACAGGUGCUUGGUUAAGGAUCUCAAGUCCAGGUGGACCGCUGACAAGCUCUUGGGCCAUCCCUUUCUUUCGGCUACCAAGGGAAUUCAAGAGCAAUCAAACAAGAAAGCACAGGCUGUACCUGAAGGUGAGAAAGCAUCGCAUAGCUCGUUCAUGUCCCAGAGUUCAUUAGGCCAAACUUUAUAGUGUACCCUUCAACCACAGUUGCUUGUGGAAGCAGGAAAAGCAUCGAGAAAGAUUUAGAGCAGUUAUAGCCUAAUAGCAGUUUCAACCUAGAUCUCUUGGUGCAGCACUGG